GCCAAGUUGGGCAUCUUUGGGAGACCGCUGAGCGCAACGUGGGGAGCGAAUUCAGGGACCGAUGAUGUGGCGAGUGUCACUUCCGAUACUUCUGUUGCUGCUGAGGCGCGGGGCCCAGGGGAAGCCAUCCCCUGACGCUGGCCCUCAUGGCCAGGGAAGGGUGCACAAGGGGACCCCUCUGAGCGAGGCCCCCCACGAUGACGCCCACGGGAACUUCCAGUACGACCACGAGGCGUUUCUGGGACAGGAUGUGGCCAAGGAAUUCGACCAGCUCAGCCCGGAGGAAAGCCAAGCCCGCCUGGGGCGGAUCGUGGACCGCAUGGACCGCGCGGGAGAUGGAGACGGCUGGGUGUCGCUGGCUGAGCUCCGCUCAUGGAUCGCGCACACGCAGCAGCGGCACAUCCGCGACUCUGUGAGCGCGGCGUGGGACACGUAUGACACGGACCGGGACGGGCGCGUGGGUUGGGAGGAGCUGCGCAAUGCCACCUAUGGCCAUUACGCGCCUGGGGAAGAAUUCCAUGAUGUGGAAGAUGCUGAGACAUACAAGAAGAUGCUAGCUCGGGAUGAGCGGCGAUUCCAGGUGGCUGACCAGGACGGGGACUCAAUGGCCACUAGGGAGGAGCUGACAGCCUUCCUGCAUCCUGAGGAGUUCCCUCACAUGCGGGACAUCGUAAUUGCAGAGACCCUGGAGGACCUGGACAAGAACAAAGACGGCUAUGUCCAAGUGGAGGAGUAUAUUGCGGAUCUCUACACGGAGGAACCUGGGGAGGAGGAGCCAGCCUGGGUGCAGACUGAGCGGCAGCAAUUCCAAGAGUUCCGGGACCUGAACAAGGAUGGGCGGCUGGACAGCAGUGAAGUUGGCCACUGGGUGCUGCCCCAGACCCAGGACCAGCCCCUGGUGGAGGCCAACCACCUGCUGCAUGAGAGCGAUACCAACAAGGAUGGCCGUCUGAGCAAAGCUGAGAUCCUGGACAACUGGAACAUGUUCGUGGGGAGCCAGGCUACCAACUACGGGGAGGACCUGACACGGCACCACGAUGAGCUCUAAUCCCUGUGGUCACUCCAACUUGUAACCCUGUAACCCCAUGGGCUACGUACAGACUGUCCUGCCUGGCCACCUCCUCUCUGCAGAGUGCAGACUCAGCCCCAGUUCCUGGCCCCUGGACGCUCUGGAACCCUCAUGUCAAUUCAAUUUCUCUUCUUGAGCCCCCCAACACACAUCGGCCCAGCACUCUGAGAGACCUGAAAGAUUGUAGACACCCAUUCCUAUUGGCACCAUUCCCCUACACAGACCCAGCCCCCAAUCUGAGCCUCAGCCUCCUGGAUUGACCAGCCCUUGGCCCUCCUGGCCCAAUGUUGCCUGGCACCUCCAGCUGCCAGGGAGGCAAUAAAAGCCAUUGCUGGGCCA